GUUCUGCUCAUUUCACCCGGCAUCAGUUCAUAUAAGUCUCUCCAGGCUUCUCCGAAAUCUUCCUGUCAGUCAUUUGUUAUAGAAUGAGACUAUUCCAUCACAUCCAUAUACCAUCAUUUAUUCAACCAUUCUCCAACUGAUGGGCGACCACUCAGCUUCCUGUUUCUGGUCACUACAAAAAGGGCCGCCACAAAGUUUUACACAGUAGACCUCUUUCUAUUGGUCUUUUGCUUGGCUGCCACGUAGGUCGGAGCUCCAUAGAUCUUCUCCACCAGCGCUCCCAAUCCCCCCGGAGAGAGGAAGACUCGCAAGAUGCAUCCACGAAAUCCUGCAAAGGAAGGUUAGAGUUAUUCUGUUUUGCACAGGAAGAUCGGGCAGAAAUUGGGAAGAGGCCACUUUGGCCUGAAUACCGGGACCGAGGUCAACGACUCGAAUGAACUUCCCCCUCCUUAGGAUGUCUCUAAGCAGGGGCCAGACGACCACUUACCAGCCCGCAGGUGGUAGACAGGGAGCAGCCCGCCCGCCGCCGUCAGCUCCCGGAGCAGCUUUGGGGCCGCUGAGCUCCGGGCCUGCCACCAUGUCCCAGGUCAGUGACCACUUGGUCUUGCUGGACCUCGGCUUCCUGGAAAACAGCAGCUUUCCCUACGACUACUUGGAAAACGAGUCCGCUCCCUGCUGCUCUCCACCCUGCAGCCACAACUUCAGCCUGACCUUCGACCUGGCCUUCUUGCCCACCCUCUACGGCCUCCUGUUCUUCUUCGGGCUCUUGGGCAACGGCGCCGUGGCCGCCGUCCUCCUGCGGCAGCACCGGGCCCCGAGCGGCACCGACACCUUCCUGCUCCAUCUGGCGCUGGCUGACAUGCUGCUAGUGCUGACCCUCCCCCUCUGGGCCGUGGAGGCCGCCUGGGAGUGGGUCUUCGGGUCGGGCGUUUGCAAGGUGGCGGGGGCCCUCUUCAAGAUCAAUUUCUACGCCGGAGCCUUCUUACUGGCCUGCAUCAGCUUCGACCGCUACCUGAACAUCGUGCACGCCACCCACCUCUACCGGCGGGGCCCCGGGCCCCGCGUGACCCUCACGUGCGUCGCCGUCUGGGGACUCUGCCUGCUGCUGGCCUUCCCGGACCUGCUCUUCCUGUCCGCCCAGCACGAACCGCGCCUCAACGCCACCCGCUGCUUCCCCACCUUCCCCCAGACCGGCCGCACGGCCCUGCAAGUCCUGCAGCUCCUGGCCGGCUUCCUCUUCCCCCUGCUCACCAUGGCCUACUGUUACGCCCGCAUCUUGCUCGUGCUGCUGGGCUCCCGGGGGCAGCGGCGACUUCGAGCCAUGAGGGUGGUGGUGACCGUGGUGGUGGCCUUUGCCGUCUGCUGGACCCCCUACCACCUGGCCACACUGGUGGACCUGCUCAUCGACCUGAAGGCGGUGAGCCGGGACUGCGAGUGGGAGAGCCGGCUGGACGUGGCCAGAUCCGUCACCUCGGUCCUGGGCUUUGUGCACUGCUGCCUCAACCCCCUGCUCUAUGCCUUUGUGGGGGUCAAGUUCCGAGGCCAGAUGCGGGCCCUGCUAGGGAGGCUGGGCUGCCCGGGCCAGAAGGCCAUCCUGCGCCCGACCCCGUCGUCUUCCCGGCGAGACUCCUCCUGGUCCGAGACCACGGAAGCUUCGUAUUCCGGGCUGUGAGGGCGACGCGGGCCCCGGCCCGCACGGACGCCAGCCCCAGUGGGCCUUUUUGACUCGGGGCUAGUGAAUUUGAGGAAAAAAAAAAAAAGGGACGGCUUGCCGUGCGCUAACCUCUAACUGAAAUCUAGUGUUUCCUCGGAUUAGGAACACAAACCACCCUGCUGCUUUGUUUCCCCCUCGCCCAGCCUGCCGAAGGGCACCGUGUGGGCAAGGCUAGAGCUGGCCCAGGUCUGUGGUCGCCAACGCCAGAAUGUGCCGAGGCUGUGGCAGGCGAAGGAGGGAGGACGAGGCGCGGGACUGGAGAGCCGGAGCCGGGCCCCCUACCGGAGGCAGAGCAAGUAAGAAGCGGCCCCCCCCCCAGGGCGACGGGGCAGGGAGAGGGAGGGAGGGAUCCCACAAGAGCGGAGUGCCGGCUGCCGCCAGCCAAACAAGAGACUUGGGUGAGGCCGUAAAAACUUUUAUUCUUCACAAUAAAAUCAAAUACUUGGUAUUUAACUUCUUUGUAAGAAAGAAAAUUCAAUACAGUAACAACGGAGUAAAAUUUCACCUUAAAA